CAACAAACGCGCUCGCCCACCCGCACAGCUGCCUCAUCAGUUUGCUUAUCAUCUACAAUCGACGUGAUGUGUUCUGCCUGAGAGUGGAACCUCAAAGAGCCACUCAUUAUUUUGGCUGGCCUUGCUUCAUCACCAAAGCAAUACUCUGCGCCGAACACUGGGCUGGGCACCCUGGCCAAAACGCAGCGCGCACACGACCAUCUCACGGAUUGGACCGCCAUCGUUACACAAACACCGGAUUGAGCAGACCCAACAAAUUCAUCCUGGCGAAGUUCGCAGCAUCGAAGACAUCCCCACCAACUUCACAGCUACAACUCACCAUGCCAACCAUCGAAGCCGGCAACCGCGUCUUCCAUGUCACCGACAUCGACCGCGAUAAGUGCUCGCGCAUCGUGCCCAUGCGGGUUCUUUCGCUGGGUCUGACGAGGACGGGGUCCGAGUCACUAAUGGACGCCCUGCGCAUCCUCGGUUACCACGAAGCAUACCACGGAUACCAAGCGAUGAUCACCAACCCACGCGACUGCGAGAUGUGGCUGAAAGCUUUGCGGGCGAAGUACGACGGGGUGGGACAGCGGUUCGGGCGCGAGGACUGGGAUCGGCUGUUGGGGCAUUGUCAGGCCGUCUCCGACCUCCCAGCCAUCUGCUUCGCAGAAGACCUCAUCCAAGCCUACCCAGAAGCAAAAGUUAUCAUCACAGUCCGCGACGUCGAUGAAUGGUACGAAUCAAUGAUGACCCUCGUCACCGCAAUCGACACCCCGCUCAAUAAAUAUCUCCUCGUGCCCCUCAUCAACAUUAUCAACAACCUCCUGCAUUCCCGCUUCCGUCUCGUGCCUGAUACCUUCCUCAAAGCUGGGUUAUGUCUUUACGGGGAAGAUGUCCGCACCACCGCCCGCGAGACGUACCUCAACCACGUGGCCAAAAUUCAAGCGCUGGUGCCCAAGGACCGACUGCUGCUGUACCAUGUCAAGGAGGGGUGGGAGCCGUUGUGUGCGUUUCUGAGGCAGCCCGUCCCCGCGCUGCCGGUGCCGAACGGGAAUACCAAGGCGGAUAUGUUGGCGAGACAUCGCGCGUGUAUGCGGUUGAAUCUGAGGGAGUGUGGGUGGAAGGUGGUUAGGGGGGUUGUUUUGGUUGGGGUUGUGGUUUGGGUUGUGCGGAGGGAGGAGGUUCGGUGGGGGGGUUUGUGGGAUGGACUUGUAGGGGCGUUGAGGUUGUAGAUUCCUGGGCUUGGGGUGGUGGCUUUGUGAGCUGGUGGGAGUGUAUAGUGAGCUUUGGAAGGUCUGUUAUGAUGGUUCUUUCUGAAUAAGUGCACCGUCGCUGACAUGGAUGAUAGCAUUUCUGGCAUCGUCUAUAUUGAACUAGAGUGAUGACUGCUAGGUACCCUCAACCUGCUAGCAGGCAACCACAUCCCCAGUACCUCCUAACUGUACUGUACUAAUCUUCACCCAUCCAUCUACAAUGCAAUCACCCCACAAAGCACCCUUUAGAUCCACAUCCGGCCAAAACCUCACCCCCAACCACCAUAUCAUGGAUGCCUACACCCUACGCCUACUUUUCCAGCACAUCGAAAUGGUGGAGCCAGUUACUACACCCUUUG